UAAAUCCACCCCAAAUCUCCUUAAACGACUGAGACAAACAUUUCACUGAGAUAACUUGGAGGGGGCCUGAAACCGAGGAGCUGCUUAUCAAACAUGAAGAACUUCCCGGCCAUGGUAGUAACAAUUAUGGUGGCCAUCCUAGGAAUUGCCAUGGAUGGAUACAAUUGCAAGGUGGUGCAGUUCAUAUUUGGCGACUCUCUCUCCGACGUCGGAAACAACAAGAACCUCGGCAGGAGCCUGGCUCAGGCGAACCUGCCUUGGUAUGGUAUUGAUUUUGGCAAUGGCUUGCCUAACGGGAGGUUCACCAAUGGACGUACAGUCGCUGAUAUAAUAGGUGACCAGACCGGCCUCCCAAGGCCACCAGCCUUUCUGGACCCAUCUUUAACCGAAGACAUAAUACUGGAAAAUGGAGUCAAUUAUGCAUCCGGAGGUGGUGGGAUUCUGAAUGAAACUGGUAGCCUCUUUAUUCAAAGGCUUUCUCUUUACAAGCAAAUAGAGCUCUUUCAAGGGACAACAGAACUGAUAAGAAGCAAAAUUGGCAAAAAGGAAGCAGACAAGUUUUUCCAAGGAUCUAAAUAUGUGGUUGCUUUAGGGAGCAAUGAUUUCAUUAACAAUUACUUGAUGCCAGCUUAUAGCGAUUCAUGGACAUACAAUGAUCAGGGAUUCAUAACAUACUUAAUGGAGACUCUCGAAGCACAGCUUAAGAUAUUGCAUAGCUUAGGGGCAAGGCAGCUGAUAGUGUUUGGGCUAGGGCCAAUGGGUUGCAUUCCACUCCAAAGGGUCCUCAGUACAACUGGGGAUUGUCAGGAUAAAGCAAACAAACUGGCUCUCAGCUUCAAUAAAGCUUCGAGCAAGCUGUUAGAUGAUCUAUCUACCAAACUUCCCAAUGCAAGUUUCCAAUUUGGAGAUGCUUACGACGUGGUCAAUGACGUGAUAACCAAUCCAUACAAAUAUGGGUUCAAUAACUCGGACUCACCAUGUUGCUCCCUCUACAACAUUCGACCUGCUCUUACAUGUACUCCUAUAUCAUCAUUGUGUGGAGACAGAAGCAAGUAUGUGUUUUGGGAUGAAUACCACCCUACCGACAGUGCGAAUGAGUUGAUUGCUAAUGAGCUCAUCAAGAAAUUCGGAUUCGGCCAACCCGCUGCUCCUUCCCCAUCCCCUAUCGUCGCCCCAUCCCCUGAGGGCUAACAAUUCUACUAGUUAAUUAAUGCUGUUGUUGCUCCACAUGUCUAAUUUUAUUUGUGAUUUUCCGAGAGUUAAUAAUAUAACAUAAUUACUGCUAUA